AUGGCCUCCUACCGCCUAUUUUACUGGCCGCAGAUUCCCGGUCGUGGCGAGUUUGUGCGUCUUGCGUUCGCCGCGGCCAAGGUGCCGCUGCCCGAGGUGAAUGACGUGGGGAAGCUCGUUGCACUUACGUCGGCGGACGGUGGCGUAGCCGGGCACGAGCCCCAGUUUGCGGUGCCGGUGCUCGAAGUGCAGCCCGAGCGCCAGGCGCCGUUCUACCUGAGCCAGACGGGCAACAUUUUGCAGUUUGUUGCGAAGCGUUUUGGCCUGGACGGCGAGCAGCCCGGCGUCGAGUCCGACGUGACGCACGCGCAAGUCCUCCAGUUUACGCUCACCGGCCUCGACUGGGCGCUGGAGGCGCACAAUGUGCACCACCCCAUUUCUGUCGCGCUCUACUACGAAGACCAGAAGCCCGAGGCGCUGCGGUACACGCAAGCCUUUGUGCACGAGCGCAUCCCCAAGUUUGCCAAGCACUUUCAAGCCGCGCUCACGCUGAACCGCCAGCGGCACAACGUGCGCCGCCUCGUCGGCACCAAGACGAGCGUUGCGGACCUCGUCCUGUUCCAGGUGCUCGAGGGCCUGCGCUUUGCGCACCCCCGCGCGAUGCAGCGCCUUCAAGACUCGGGCGAUGCCGCGGACCUCGAGCCCUUCCGUGCCGAGCUCGCCGAGGAGCUCAAAGAGUACCUCGGCAGUGCACGGCGCCGCCCCUUUAGCGAUGGUCUUUUCCGUUACUAUUCCGAGUUGGAUCUAUAG